ACCUAGCAUUGCACGUGUGGUGGAAAUCAGUGACGUUAGCAUUGGUAGGGUAGCGCAGCAAAUCAGUAAAUGAUCGAAUUUAUUUUCAUCUUUUGAUCAGUUAUAACCACAGUUAUUCAAUUAAUAUUUCAUUAAGGUUUUUGUGAUACCGUAAUUCCCAAAAUGGGACGAGAAAAAAAGAAGUUUACCAGUGGUGCAGCCACAAAUUUCAUCACCAGAGCAUCUGCAGUCAAGAAGCUACAGCUCUCAUUGGUCGAUUUCAGGCGACUAUGCAUUCUCAAAGGGAUUUACCCAGUCCAACCCAACAACCCGACUAAAGCCAACAAAGGCAAGAAGGCUCCGAGAACGUUCUAUCGGAGCAAGGACAUCCUUUUUCUCGCCCACGAACCAAUCAUACAUAAAUUCAGAGCACACAAGAUUUUUGCCAGGAAAAUCAAGACAGCCAGAAAGAAACGAGAGUGGGGUCGGUUGGACAGAUUAGUGGACAAUAAACCUGUCUAUAACUUGGAUCACGUUGUCAAAGAAAGAUACCCCACAUUUGUGGAUGCCUUGCGGGAUCUGGACGAUCCGCUGACGAUGUGCGCGACGUUCGCAGCCAUGAAGAAGAACGCCAAGCUGGAGAGCAGACUGAUUCCGCUGUGCAGUCGGCUGAUGAUGGAGUUCAUGCAUUUCAUCAUUGCUUCGAGGUCACUCAGGAAGGUAUUCUUGUCAAUCAAAGGCAUCUACUACCAGGCUGAGAUUCAGGGACAGACGAUAACAUGGAUUGUACCGUACAGUUUCAACUACUCACGUCCCAGAGACAUUGAUCUGAGAAUCAUGUCGACGUUUGUCGAGUUCUACAGCACUCUUCUUGGCUUUAUCAACUUCAAACUUUAUGCAUCAAUCAACCUCCACUAUCCUCCAAAGUUGUCGUUGAUGGAAAAAUCACGCUCAGCAAGCCAGCUGGAGAACGAGAGCAGCUUCUGCAUGGACAAGGAAGAAGAGGAGGAAAGGGUCGCGGCCAUGACCCAUGACCUGGCCAAGGUCAGCAAGGAGCCAAUCGCAGAGGAGGACGAAGAGGAGAAUUUGCAGGAUGAGGAGUUGAUGGCCGGUGGGAGCCUGGAGAGCGAGGCGAUACGAGAAGCCAGAGCGGAGCAGGACAAGGAAGCCAAGUUCAAGAAACUGUUUGAAGGAUGCAAGUUCUUCCUGUCUAGGGAGGUGCCGCGAGAGAUGCUGACGUUUCUUAUUCGGUGUUUCGGUGGUCAGGUAUCGUGGGACAAGACAUUGUUCAUCGGAGCCACAUACGAUGCCAGCGACGAGAGCAUCACACACCAGAUUGUGGACAGACCCCAACAACGCAAGGAAUAUCUCUCCAGGUACUACGUGCAGCCACAGUGGGUGGUGGACAGUGUCAACGCUCGUCUCCUCCUCCCAGUCGAGGAGUACUUCCCAGGGGUGGUUCUACCCCCGCAUCUGUCCCCCUUCGUCGAGGAGAAAGAGGGCGACUACAUACCGCCGGAGAAGAGAACGUUGCUGGACCGACAAAUGGGCAUCAACACAGGGAGGACGACCGAAGAGGACGAGGAGGAAAUGGAUGGGUCGGAGGAUGAGGAAGAUGAAGGGGAGGAUGCCAGCGAGGACGAAGAAGAAUCGCAUCUCGCGGAGGUUGAAGAGAAGCACUUGAGUCAGCUGGAGAGGAAACAAGAUCGCAAGGAGCAGAAAGAGGACAAACAGCAUAAGGCGGCCGACUCGUCCAAGUUGUCCGUGGAGGCAGGCCAGGUGCAGUCCAUCAAUCCCGUCUACGAGGCGGAGAAGGAGGCGCGGAUGGAGCGAUCCUUGCAAGAAAUGAUGAUGACCAAGAAACGCAAGCGGCUGUAUCAGAAACUCAUGAAGAAGCGCAAAAUGAAACAGAAGCAGGUUCGGAAGCUGACAAGCCGGAGAGAGCAGUAUGAGCAGGAACAGGCAGCCAAGGGACCAAAGGCGAAGACGACUACGACCAAGAAGCAGAAAUCGGCCGGGAAAUGAUCAGAGGAAAACUGUUGUGAAAGAUUGUUUCAAAAAAGGGGAGUAAACUUGGAGAUUUCAUCCAGGAUAGAGAAAUCACUGCAGAGCAAAUCGGGUAACUGUGCAGAUCGGAUGAUCACACCCAACAUAUACGGUAUUCAGAUUUACACCUCCCCAUAGAACUGUCCAACAUCCGCCCCACGACCACCAGAUCUGUGGGAUCCAACAUCCGCCCCACGACCACCAGAUCUGUGGGGUCCAACAUCCGCCUUACGACCACCAGAUCUGUGGGGUCCAACAUCCGCCCCACGACCACCAGAUCUGUGGGGUCCAACAUCCGCCCCACGACCACCAGAUCUGUGGGGUCUGAUGUCCGCCCCGCUGCACAUACCACAUAGCAGGGUGGACAUUGGACCCCACAAUUCUGGGGGGUCUGAGGCGGACGUCGUACUGGGCAGAUGUCGGACCCCACAGUUCUGGGAUUAGACCAACACAGGCAAAGCUUACCCAAGAUCUCCGCUUUAAAAAGUUAGUUCUACUGAGCAGAACGUUAAUAAUAGCAGGCCUACUCCUCGUGUCUGUUAAAUAGAGCAAGGAAUUACUAUGACCGAUCAAAUACAAAAUUAAAAAAGAUGAGUAUUAGCGCUCCACUCAGUCGGCUUGGAGCUACUUCAAAUUAACCAAAAUACAGAAUACAUGUAAGUCUGCAUCUAAUUUACAAUGUAAAUUACAAAAAGAAAGAAAUAAAAUAAAAUAGGCCUAUUGGUAAUAAUCUGAUAAUACAGGGCUGGGUUUUAGUGGAUUUAUAGAAGAUUCAAGUCACUGGGUUAAGUAAGGGAGCAUUAUGCCUGGGCCUACACAUUGUAGCGUGUCCUGCCUAUGGGCUCUGACGCUGACAAGAAACACUCGCCGUUCCGGGCAAAACUGCUCUGUUUAUUUCCACGAAAGCCAAAGGGCUGUCUCACACACACAAGCUCCAGACACGAGGUGUCUACCGGGACGGCGCGAGG